CACUAUUUCUCUCUCCCUCUCCCUCCCUCUCUCUCUCUAGCUCUCACUCGCUCGCUCUCUGAUGAGUGAGGGCAGUGUUGUCAGCCUCUCUGCUGCGCUCCCUGCGUGCGGACCCACACAAACGGAGUUAAGGAACAGUUUGAAAUACGGCAAAGAAGAGGAAAAAUGCAAGAUUGCAGACAGAAGGAAUGUUUAACAGAGUUCAAAGGCUGAACCCAGUGCUGUGGAUCUCCAUGAGUAACCAGACAGAGCUCCCUGCCUCCCCUUCAUGCCUCUGUCAGUUCUUUGACGCCCACCUUACACCCUCUCUCUCCCCACCUGACCGUUACACCUUCUCAAUCCUCUUCCCUUAAAUGAUGUGGUCUGCUCUCCGUGCUCUGCUCCUGGUGCUGCUGGGUACCAGGGUCCUGGUCUCCACCGGAGACUCUCCCCGCAAAGAAAUUAAGAUCGAUGGGGACCUGGUUUUGGGAGGCCUCUUCCCCAUCCAUGAGAAGGGCAUGGGCAUGGACGAAUGUGGCCGGAUCAAUGAAGAUCGAGGCAUCCAGCGGCUUGAAGCAAUGCUUUUCGCCAUAGAUCAGAUCAACCAGGACGUAGGUCUGCUACCAGGUGUGGCUUUGGGUGUCCAUAUCCUGGACACCUGCUCGAGGGACACCUAUGCUCUAGAACAGGCGCUGGAGUUUGUUAGGGCUUCGCUUACAAAAGUGGAUGAUACAGAAUUUAUCUGUCCUGAUGGAUCCUACGCUCUUCAAGAAGACAGUCCGCUGGCCAUAGCUGGUGUCAUUGGGGGAUCUUUUAGCAGUGUCUCCAUACAGGUUGCCAACCUGCUGCGACUAUUUCAGAUCCCUCAGAUCAGCUAUGCCAGUACCAGUGCCAAACUCAGCGACAAAUCCCGUUAUGAUUACUUCGCACGCACCGUCCCACCAGAUUUCUACCAGGCCAAGGCCAUGGCGGAGAUCCUGCGUGCUUUCAACUGGACCUACGUUUCCACCGUCGCCUCAGAGGGUGACUACGGAGAAACAGGAAUCGAAGCCUUCGAGCAACAAGCCCGUUUGAGAAAUAUCUGCAUUGCUACUUCAGAAAAAGUAGGACGGUCAAGCGCUAAACGCUCUUCGUACGAAGCGGUGGUUCGUCAGCUUCUACAAAAGCCCACGGCCCAUGUGGCAGUGCUGUUUUUGCGUAGUGACGACGCACGAGAACUCAUCGCGGCUGCCACCCGCCUCAACGCAUCUUUUCUCUGGGUUGCAAGCGAUGGAUGGGGGGCGCAAGAGAGCAUCGUAAAAGGGAACGAAUUCACGGCGGACGGUGCGAUUACAUUAGAGCUCGCGGCUCAUCCUAUACCAGAGUUCAACCGCUACUUCCAGAGCCUCACGCCUCUAAAUAAUCACCGCAACCCUUGGUUCAAAGACUUCUGGGAACAAAAGUUUCAGUGUUCGUUGGGCACCACUUCAGCAGCAGGGGCGGGAACCCCAAAACCACCUUGUGACCCAGAACUGGCUGUCGACAAGUCUAAUUUUGAGCCCGAAUCAAAGAUCAUGUUUGUUGUAAAUGCUGUGUAUGCCAUGGCACACGCCUUGCAUCGAAUGCAACGGACUCUUUGCACCAACACCACGCGCUUGUGUGACGCCAUGCGGAGUCUCGACGGCAGGAAACUCUACCGGGACUUUCUACUUCACGUCAACUUUAGAGCUCCGUUCUCCCCUGCUGGCUCGGAGAAUCAAGUAAAGUUUGAUGCGUAUGGUGACGGAAUGGGCCGAUACAACAUCUUCAACUACCAGCGUGUGCCAGGCAGCGACAAGUUCACUUAUAUCCAGGUUGGAGAGUGGGCAGAGAGUCUUACCCUAAAUGAGGGCUUGAUUGGCUGGCCGAGGGGAGCGGAUGUACCCACGUCCCAAUGCAGUGACCCUUGUGCUCCCAAUGAGAUGAAGAAGAUGCAAGCAGGCGAAUACUGUUGCUGGAUUUGUACACCUUGUGAGCCCUAUGAAUACCUGCCAGAUGAGUUCACAUGCAUGCCCUGUGCACCCGGCCAAUGGCCCCGUCCUGAUCUGACCGGAUGCUACGACCUUCCUGAGGACUACAUCAUGUGGGAGGAUGCUUGGGCCAUUGGACCCAUCUCGAUUGCAUGCGUUGGCUUCAUAUGUACCUUAAUGGUCUUUGUUGUUUUCAUUCGGCACAACGACACGCCACUGGUCAAAGCGUCCGGUCGUGAGCUGUGCUACAUCCUGCUGCUGGGCGUCUUCAUGUCCUACGUCAUGACUUUCAUAUUCAUUGCAAAACCUUCGCCUAUCGUGUGCACGCUACGGAGGUUAGGCCUCGGUACCUCGUUUGCAGUAUGCUACUCCGCCUUGCUCACGAAGACCAAUCGCAUCGCUCGCAUCUUCAGCGGUGUAAAAGAGGGCGGAGCACAGAAGCCACGCUUCAUCAGUCCCAGCUCACAGGUGUUCAUCUGUCUGUUGUUGAUCUCCGUGCAGCUCUUGUUGGUGUCCGUCUGGCUACUCGUAGAAGUGCCUGGCACACGGCGGUUCACAACUCCGGAGAAACGUCAGACUGUCAUUUUGAAGUGUAAUGUACGGGACUCUAGCAUGCUGCUGUCGCUGAGCUACGACAUGGUUCUGGUGGUCCUCUGCACGGUCUAUGCCUUCAAGACCCGCAAGUGUCCGGAGAACUUCAAUGAGGCCAAGUUCAUCGGCUUCACCAUGUACACCACCUGUAUCAUCUGGCUGGCCUUCUUGCCUAUCUUCUACGUCACCUCCAGUGACUACAGGGUCCAAACCACAACCAUGUGUAUAUCUGUCAGUCUGAGUGGAUUUGUGGUGCUGGGCUGCAUGUUUGCCCCCAAAGUCCACAUCAUCAUGUUCCAGCCUCAGAAGAACGUCGCCAGUCACCGGUUAAACAUGAACCGGUUUAGUGUGAGUGGGCCGGCCACUAGCUACGCGUCCCAAGCAUCUGUUAGCGCCCAAUACGUUCCGACGGUGUGCAACGGCAGAGAGAUCGUCGACUCCACCACUUCCUCUCUGUGACCUCGCCUCUUCCUCCAGACUCCUGCUCCUUAGCGACUGUUAGCCAAUCAGCACACAUUGUGCUCUGCCCAAGAACUAGGUCUGCCUACAGUGUGUAGAAAGUGUGUAUGAUUAUGAUGAUUAUUAAAUUAUUUUUAGGGCUUGUUGUAAAUAUUAACUGACGUUGUAGAGAAACAAAAGAACAAAAAAAAAAUCCUUUAUAGAGAGAUUUUGGAAACUUUUGUUUUGAUAGCUUUAUUAUGUGUGUUGUAAACGGCCAUGAUGUGAUAAUGUAAAACUCAAACCAGUUUUUGAUCGGGCCACAGUAGAGACUGACAGAAACGGCUCCGCCUGCAAUACUGGACACUGGAAUUUGUGGUCGUUUUCUUUUGUAGGCCUCACUGUAAUAACCUAAACUGUAUGUAUUUCUAUGUUGUACAUUUUGUACAGAAUCUUAACCGAUGGUUUUAACAGCACAAGGUGACAGUAUUAGAGUCUAUGCUGGUCAUGAGGUCCAGAGCAGGAAAACCAUCGAGUAAGCGCUCGCACCUCUUCACGUCGUCUCAUCACAGGCACUGGCUGUAUGCCAGAGGUUACAACACCAUUUUAGUACACUGUCAUGACAUCUGAAAGCAUAUUACAUUAACUGGAUCUCAUAAGCGUUUCGUUCGGAUUGGCUGUGAAGCAUGAUUAUGUUGCAGAGCAGAUGUGCUGUGCUCUGAGAUGUUAUAUGUUUACAUUGCCUGUGACGAGAAGACUUCAGGGACAAAAAGUCUGGAAGAUGAGCAUGUGAGGUAUUUUUUAAGUUGAUAUGUACCUCUUUUCCACCAUAAUGGUGCCAUCCCACAUUUGUCGACUGGAUAAACGGUGAUUCGCCAGGAAAAAAAAUCACGUCCACACCUGCCCUUAAAACUACGGAAGUUCUAAGCGGCCAUGCAUUAUAAUUUUUUUCCUUCUUUUUUUCUCGUUAU